AUGACGGAGCAAAACGGGGCCCAUGAACUGCAGGCGGAGCUGGAUCGCAUGAACGCGGCCAUUGAGGAGUACGCCCUCCAGCUUGACACCAUCAACGGUGCGAUAGCGUCCAUUGAGAGCGAAAACCACGGCGACGAUGUUUCACGGCAAAUCGUCGAGUUUCAGACUGCCUGUGAACGCGACCCCGCGAGUAUUUCGGCUGAGGACGCGCUGGACACCAUCACACGUCUGGAAAACACACUCAAGAUCGCGAGGCGCCGGAACCAACUCCUCGCCAAGGAGAACGUUACGCAGCAAAAGCUGCUGGAUGAUCGCUCCAAGUUUUUGUUGAAGGAGACCAAUGCCUACGAGGCUUUGGUUGACAAGACGGGCUGGCACGAGCAGUACUCACUAAGCGAGGAGGAAGUGAUGCAGGCGGCAUCCGACGUCAAGGAGAUGUCACAACUUGAGGUGACCGUCAAGAACGAGUUGCGUGCCGCGCAUACAAUUAUCAAAAGGAAAGAAGCCUACCUACGGGGCCUCGAAGCGGAGCUUCAGAAGCGGGCGGACCUCGAUGCUGCCCUGAACGACGCCCACAACAACGUCCGUGUGAAGCAGCGCGAAUGUCGUGAGCUGGAACUCCGACUUGAAGAACUGCGCAAACGCAGCCAGAAGGACGACAUGGCUUUAACCCUGUUUGAAAACCAGAUGUCCAAUGUUUCCAUAGAAUACAUGGAGACUGACAAGUUAUUCUUAAAGGACGCUGUAGCGCAGAUGAAGGCGGUGUGCCGCGGCCAAGACAAUGUCACCCGGGCCCAACUUAAACGUCAGCAACAACUGCAUGCCCGCCUGGACACCAUUAUGCAGUCCCUGCGGGAAAUGAAGUUGGAGAAGGAAUAUCAACGCAACGUAUCCAAGUCUGCGUUGGUGCCUUCUGCCUCACGCGAGGAACCUGAAGACGUCUUAAGUAUUCUACCGAAGGACGAGACGAUUCCGAUUCACACUUACCGCCUCGUUUACAAAAACAAAGAGAUGCUCAACACCAACGUGGUACGCAAAAACAUGUUGGUGUUGGAGAAGGAGGGGGUGAUUCAGGCAAUGGAGGCAAGUCUCAUGAAGUACGCCAACGCGUUGAACAUGACAACAAAGCAGCUGGAGGACCUGAAGUUCAACAAGAGUCUCGAGAUGGGUGAACUCAUGGAUGAACUCCAACAACAGCACCAGAACUACUUGCAUCAGCUGGAAAAGAAAAUGCAAGAAAACAACCACCUUAAGAAGCUUUUGUACCGGACACCGCCCGCCCGUACAGGAAUCAAAGAUCAAUGA